AUCAGUCUCUUGUGAAGAUCACACAGAACCCGAACACCCCAAAUCCAGCAAAACAAACAUGUCUCUAGAGCGUGCCGUUCGUGCCAAGAUUGCCGGCAAGCGCAAUCCCGAGAUGGACAAGGAGGCCCAGGAAUGGGUUGAGGCCAUCAUUGGUGAGAAAUUCCCCGCUGGCCAGGCCUACGAGGAUGUGCUCAAGGACGGCCAGGUGCUGUGCAAGCUGAUCAACAUCCUGUCGCCCAACUCGGUGCCCAAGGUCAACUCCUCGGGUGGCCAGUUCAAGUUCAUGGAGAACAUCAACAACUUCCAGAAGGCGCUCAAGGAUUACGGUGUGCCCGAUAUCGAUGUCUUCCAGACUGUCGAUCUCUAUGAGAAGAAGGACAUUGCCAAUGUGACCAACACCAUCUUUGCCCUGGGCCGUGCCACCUACAAGCACGACGACUUCAAGGGUCCCUUCCUGGGCCCCAAGCCCGCCGAUGAGUGCAAGCGCGACUUCACCGAUGAGCAGCUGAAGGCCGGCCAGACCAUUGUCGGUCUGCAGGCCGGUUCCAACAAGGGAGCCACCCAGGCUGGCCAGAACCUUGGCGCUGGCCGCAAGAUCCUGCUCGGCAAGUAAGCAUCGAGCGAAGGACCUUCUAUUCUACACGUAUGCUAAGUGACCGCACACACACACACCCAUAUAUAUAUCUAUAUAUAUUUUGUAUGAACACAAUGAUAUUCCUUACCAAGCAAGAAAAAAUUGAAUGAUAAUAUCACCAAGAACAACAACUAAACAAAAACACUCACACAAACAACAAAAACACACAAAAGCAACGCAAAGGCUUGUAGCAAAAUAGAAAGCCUUAACAUUAAGUAUACGCCUAAGUUAAUCGUAUUUAUGAGUACAAUAAAGUAAUCCAAAAAUCCUA